AAGAUUGUCGUGCGUGUAAAAAAAGUGAACAGAGAAAUUUGUUUUUUUUUUCUGUGAACAGAUGUUUUUGUGUGCAAAAUGUGAUAAGUUAUUAUGCUACGUAUAAUUUUUAAAUGUGUACAGAUAAUAUAAAUAUUUAUGUCAUAAAUUCGCAAUCGUAUUUGUAAUUGCGUGCAUGAGUUAAACAAGAAUGUCAAGAAAGAAAAGGGAUCACAAAUGGAAAGAGAAUGGAUUUGAAGAAUGGGGUGGUUAUAUGGCCGCAAAGAAAGCCAAACUAGAAGAACAAUUUCGCGAGACGGCAAGCAAAGAGUAUCGGGAAGAAACAUCGAGAUUAUUUGAGGGAAUCGCGAUAUUUGUAAACGGUUACACGAAUCCAACGUCUGACGAACUAAGACGCCUGAUGAUGAUGCACGGUGGUACAUAUCAUCAUUACAUGCGUCCUAGAAUCACAACGCACGUCAUCGCGUCGAAUCUGCCAUAUUCCAAAAUAAUGAUGUACAAAAAGUCCCAAAAUCCAGUUCCUAUAUGCAAACCGCAAUGGAUCACAGACAGCAUAGCAGCUGGAAAACUGUUGAAUUUUCAGAAUUAUUUACUUUAUUCUAACAACACCACUGUGCAGUCUCAGUUGGCAGAUAAAUUGAAUAACAAGAAUGAAAAAGUUGACACGAAUUCAGUUACGCGUGACAAGCAGGGCACUGAACUUGCAAACGAAGAGUCUCAAGCUCUGAAAAGCUCUUUCUGCGACGCAAGCGAUAAAAGUAACAAAAAUAUGCAAAAACCAGAGACAAACAGCGAUGCAGUGAAAACAAACUCAAGCAGCAUUCACCAAUCCAUGAGUAAAAAAUCUAAUGCACUAUCUACCAGAGAUACAAACUUUCUCUCAGCAUUUUAUAGUAAUUCGAGGUUGCACUAUAUUUCUACCAUGGGAACUACUUUUAAAGAUUACGUCAAUGAACUGAGAGAUAAAAGCGACGGGGUAUUUCCAGGACUCGAACGUUUGACAAAGUUAAAGGAAAUCGGAGACGUUUCGGUCGGUAGCAACUCUGAAGAGAAAACAAUUUGUUUUAGUACAAGUAACGAUAAAGCGGCGCGCACGCGAGAGCCUGUUAUAAUGCACAUCGACAUGGAUUGUUUUUUUGUGUCUGUAGGAAUCAGAAAUUCACCAGAGCUGUACGAUCAACCAGUAGCUGUAACGCACGCAAAAGCAAAUCACGACGGCAAAGACGAUUUCGGAUCUUUAUCGGAAAUAGCCUCGUGCUCGUACGCGGCCAGAAAAGCUGGUGUAAAAAACGGCAUGUUUCUAGGAGAAGCUCUUAAGCUGUGUCCAAAUCUAAAAACAAUCCAAUACGAUUUUGAGGGUUACAAGGAAGUUUCUUACAUACUGUACGAUACCGUGGCGUCCUACACAUUAGACAUCGAGGCGGUAAGCUGCGACGAGAUGUACGUAGAUUGUACAAAAGUUCUCGAAUUAUCCGGAUUCUCGGAUCCAUUAGAAUUCGCUACCGUAAUCAGGAAAGAAAUCAAACAAAAAACCGGUUGCCCGGUAUCCACGGGAUUCGGUAACAACAAGUUGCAGGCGAGAUUGGCGACGCGCAAAGCCAAACCCGACAAUCAAUUCUAUUUGAGCAGUAAAAAUGCAGAAAUAAACAUCCGAACUUUCAAUGUGAGAGAUUUGCCAGGAGUUGGUGGAACAACAACGCAUAAAUUACAUGAAAUGAACGUGCGCACAGUCGGAGAACUGCAGAAGAUUUCGUUACAAGUUUUACAGAAAGAGUUUGGUAAAAAAAUGGGAGAGCAUCUGUAUAAAAUGUGUCGCGGCCUGGACGACACGAAGCUGAAUCUGGAGUAUGUCAGGAAAUCCGUAUCGGCCGAAGUGAACUACGGCAUAAGAUUUCGGAACAACGAGGACGCCGUGGACUUUCUGAGCCAAUUAUCCGUGGAGGUGUGCAAUCGAUUAACAGCGGCUCGUGCGAAAGGCAGAUGUAUCACGUUGAAAUUUAUGAUCAGAGCCGAGGACGCACCAAAGGAAACCGCCAAGUUCAUGGGCCACGGUCUCUGCAAUUAUAUAACAAAAUCGAAGAAUCUUAUAGCAGCUGUCGAUGACGUUAGUGUUAUCAAAAAGGAAGUCGUAAAUAUUUGGGAUCAGUUGCGCUUGACGCCAGAGGACGUAAGAGGAAUUGGUAUACAAAUAUCCAAACUAGAAGUGAGCAAGAGCAAGCGGGACAAAACCACUUUAAUCAAUUUCUUUAGCAAAACUGAACAGUUACAAAACUGUGAUAUUACAUCAGGAAAUGAUAAUAAAAAUAAACACGAUUUGAAUUACAGUGAGAAAGUUAAGACGAAUAGUUCGGAGUUGCUUUUAACUACAGAAUUAGUAACAACAAAAAGUAUAUCUGAUGCAAAACUUGCUCUUGGAUCGGCGCAACUUUCCAAACUCACUGAUACACGUACCAAUGGACACUUAGGUGAAAAUCCAUCAGACGUUGAAGCAAACUCGUCAAUACCCGAAACAAAACAUAAAAAUGUAAAUAAUUGUAAAACAAAAUACGAAAAUAUGAAAAUAAAAGAUACGUCUGGAAAAUCGAAUAAAAGAACAGUACAAAAACAGAUGUCCCAAGAGAAUUUUUUCAGACAUAUGAAACCGAACAGCGGAAAAUCAUCAAAGUAUGAAGUGCCUCAUAUACACGAUAUCGAUAUGUCCGUGUUAAUCGAAUUGCCAGCAGAUAUAAGAAAUGAGAUAAUGGAUGAAUGCAAAAGAAACAAAGAACAAUCUCAGACUGCAAUGAGUGUCGCGAGUGAACGAAAGACGGACGAAAUCCCGUUCAAUAGAGAUUUGAGUGCACAGAAUUGUUCGCAGAUUGAUCCGGAUGUUUUGUCAGCCUUAAUGAAAAAUGACUUACACCCCGAUGUGCAGCGCGAUGUGCAAUUGUAUUGUAAUAUGAAAAACGGUAAUCUAAAGAAAUCAUCUGAGCCAUUGCGAACAGCCGAGUCUUCAGCCGAUAAUGAUAGCAAAAGUGCAGAAAAUUUAAUUGUAAAUAGUAAUAGUACAAAAGAAGUUGCAUACAUAUCGCAAGCAGAAAUCUUACAAGCAACAGAGCGAUGCAAAAACGAUUAUAUUGACAAAGCGAAAUUUGUCACGCAUCGAACCGACUAUGUUGCGAUUUUACACAAUAACGCUGCUGUGAAUAAAGCCGAUAAUUUUAUUUUACAGAAUUUAAGUAUUUUACAUAACAAUGAAAACAUAGAUAAACAUCAGGAAAUGUUGAUUAAUCUCGUGAAUCAUCUCUUCUCUCUUCCUUUACAACAGGUGAAGAUGCAAAUUCAAACAUGGGUAAUCGAGUCGAAAGCUGUGAACGAAGUGGACUUUCUGUCACUUGCGGCGUUCCUCAGUAUGCUACCGCAAAAGAAACGCAUCGAGGAGUUGCACAUCUUGUUGAAAACAAUGCAUAGAUGCGCAACAAAAACCAGGAGCUGCAUUUGGCAUAGAACAUACAGGCGAACCGUGAAACAUGUUCAACGUUAUAUGCAGAUUGAAUACAACAACAAUCUACUGGUACCAUCGAUCAAAUGCAAUGAUUCGAGAUGUAAUAACAGUGAUUGAGAAUAUAAAACCUCGAAAAUUAUAUAUUUAAUAAAUUUAAUAAAUUAAUAUUAAAAAAGAAACUUCUGAAUUAUUAUAGAAAACUAUUUACAAGCAAACAUGGAUACUUGCUUUCAAGAUCUCGAAUCAAACGCAUGUGUGUGUGUGUGUCAUUCUUUGUUUAAAGAAUCAAGUAAUACACAAUUUCAUUUAAUACAUGCCCUUAAAAAAGUUCCGCAGGUCUUGUGUAAAUUAGUACAAUCUCGAAUUCUUCAUAGUUCUUUUGUUUUAAUUUAUAUAUGUAUACAUGUGUGUGUGUGUGUGUGUGUGUGUGUGUGCACACACACAC